AGGAACAACAAAUUAAAAGGAAAAUUGGUGUCUCUCGACUCUCUCUUUAUCUGCACGAGUGGAAGAGUCCUAGCAGUGAGCAGACGAAUCAGCGAAGACGAGAAAAUUGACGGUCUCUGAAUCUCUCUGACCUCGUCACCGCCGCUCCUCCCAUGGCUGGACCAUCAUGGUUGGUGGACAGUAAGAGAAUUGCAACAAAAAUCAAGAGUGCAUCUGGAACAUGUCAUGAAAGAGUCGUAUGGAAAAGCAACCCCACGAGAGCUUGUCCCAAGUGCCAGUUUAUGAUUGACAACAGUGAUGUUGCUCAAGAGUGGCCAGGACUACCAAGAGGUGUGAAGUUUGAUCCAUCUGAUCAAGAGAUUAUCUGGCACUUACUUGCAAAAGUUGGAGUAGGGGAUUUUAAACCUCAUCCUUUUAUUGAUGAGUUUAUCCCAUCUGUUGAAGAAGAUGAUGGAAUCUGUUAUACCCAUCCGCAGAAUCUACCAGGUGUCAAGCAAGAUGGAAGUGCAUGUCACUUUUUUCAUAGAGCUAUCAAGGCUUACAAUACAGGAACUCGUAAGCGUAGAAAGAUACACGGUGAUGAUUUUGGUGAUGUCCGCUGGCACAAGACCGGUCGGACCAAACCGGUGAUCUUGGAUGGGGUUCAAAAAGGGUGUAAAAAAAUAAUGGUUCUGUAUAUGACCAUGGUCAAAGGAGGAAAACCUGAGAAAACUAACUGGGUUAUGCAUCAAUAUCACCUAGGAACUGGGGAGGAUGAAAAGGAUGGGGAGUAUGUUAUCUCUAAAAUAUUUUAUCAGCAGCAGCAGCAAGUCAAGCAGGGUGAUAAAGCAGAUCAAGAUUUCCCUGAAAAUAUUGAUCCAGUGAUUGGAAAAGUAGAUCCUGUUACUCCCAAGUCUGUGACUCCUGACCCUCCUCGUACUGAAAGGCAUCAUUCAGACUUUGACCUUGGACGGGAUGUUACUGAUACUUGUGCAGUUUCUGCUGCUCAGCAUCCUGAGAUUGAAUGUAUGGAAAAUGAGGUUCUACCUGAAUACGAAAGGCCUGAUUAUGAUGAUCAAUUAAAGGCAGGGAAUCAUGCUCAUGCUGAUGAAGUGACGGAUAAUAAUGAUGUUUGUGCUGAGGAAGAUCCAAAAUGGUGGGACAGUGAGUCACAGAAUCUUUUGAAUUCUCAACAACUUGUGGAAGGGCUGUCUCUGUGCGAUGAUCUUCUUCAGAGCCAGUCUCCAGAUAGGAAUGGAGAUGGGAAUGAUGGAGCAGGGAUGGACAGACCUUCUCUUUCUGAUUAUGCUCAGUUAGGAGCCGAGCGUUUAAAGAAGGAUCUAGAGGAGUGCCAAAAUCUUGUCCUUGAUCCACCAAACAUAGAACUUGAUACACCUCCAGAAUUCCGACUGAGCCAGCUUGAUUUUGGAUCGCAGGAAAGUUUUACAGCAUGGGGUGUGAGCAAGAGUGACUAAAUAUGGUUUGACAUUUUCGAUCUUCUUGUAUUUUUGUGGCCACUUUUUGUGUAGACUUUGCCUAUGUUUGAAGUAUAAUUUUUUGAUGGAGAAGUUGAACCGUAUUAUCUAUAUAGGCAAAGUGUAAUCUUUUGCUGGGCAUCUUGAAUUGUAAUUUAUGGCAGCAAAGUUCCUGUUUAUAUAACAUAUGCUGUAAGUAUAACCUACGUUUGAAAAUAGAUCAAUGAUAUGGUCUAUUUGUUCUCUUUAAA